AUGGCCGCGUUACGCCGUCUCUCUUCCGCGAAGAUCCCUGCGGGCGCCGCGCUGACGACGCGCCGCCUCUCAAGCAGUCAACUCUCAGACACUGCAGCUCGUCGCCUGUCAGUCGAGUCGUUGAGCCUCUCGCCGACGAUACCGUAUGAACGCAGACCGAGCGGGGGUCCUCUCACGCCCCGGCCCACGCUCACGCCAACUAACACGCCGGCGAACCUGAACGCGCUCCUCGCGCCGCCCGCGAUGCCGCGCCGCGCGUCGACCUAUCAUGAUACCGAGAAGGCGAAUAGCGGCGAGUUGGACAACAGCGGCGGGUCUGCGAGCGGUGCCGAUAUCAUCAGGAGAGAAAGAGGCGUAUUCCCGCGGACGCCGUCGACGCCACGUCGAAGCGUCGCAACGCCGUCGUCGCUGUAUCCGCUUCUGCUCGAUGGCGUUCUUCGCGCAGGUCGACGGGCAAGAAUAGGCCGCUCGGGCGAGAGCUCAAGCCGACGCUCCCUCGGGUCCUAUCUCGCGCCAACGCCUCCGUGGUGGACGAGGAGUAG